UCUCUGCAAUUUUACUCUCCUCCUUCACGUCUUUUCCUCUUAUUUUUUUCCUUGCAUAAUCUCAAUUCCAUCUCCGGAGAUACAAACAGAGAGAAGAAGACGAACAAAAAUGGCUGCUCAACCUACAAGAAUAGGUCUAGCUGGACUGGCUGUGAUGGGUCAGAACCUAGCUCUCAACAUUGCUGAGAAAGGCUUCCCAAUCUCUGUUUAUAACAGAACAACUUCCAAAGUUGAUGAGACCGUCGAACGAGCCAAAAAGGAAGGCAAUCUUCCGCUUUACGGCUUCCAUGACCCCGAGUCUUUUGUCAAGUCCAUUCAGAAGCCACGCGUUAUUAUCAUGCUUGUUAAGGCUGGUGCUCCCGUUGACCAGACUAUCAAGACCCUCUCUGCUUAUUUGGAGAAGGGUGAUUGCAUUGUUGAUGGUGGUAAUGAAUGGUAUGAGAACACUGAGAGGAGAGAGAAAGCCGUGGCUGAGAACGGUUUCCUCUACCUUGGAAUGGGAGUUUCUGGCGGUGAAGAAGGUGCUCGUAAUGGCCCAUCUAUGAUGCCUGGAGGCUCUUAUGAAGCCUACAAGAAUAUCGAAGACAUUGUUCUCAAGGUUGCUGCUCAGGUUAGGGAUAGUGGUCCCUGCGUCACUUACAUCGGUAAGGGCGGGUCUGGAAACUUUGUCAAAAUGGUCCACAAUGGGAUCGAGUACGGUGAUAUGCAGCUGAUUGCAGAAGCUUAUGACGUCCUGAAAUCUGUUGGUAAAUUAACGAAUGAGGAGCUUCACAGUGUCUUCUCUGACUGGAACAAAGGUGAGCUUGAGAGUUUCUUGGUAGAGAUCACAGCGGAUAUUUUCGGGAUCAAGGACGAUAAGGGAGAUGGGCAUUUGGUUGACAAGGUUUUGGACAAAACCGGCAUGAAAGGUACAGGAAAGUGGACCGUGCAGCAAGCUGCUGAGCUAUCUGUUCCUGCCCCCACCAUUGAAUCCUCUCUUGAUGCGAGGUUCCUCAGCGGGCUUAAAGAUGAACGUGUGCAAGCAGCUAAAGUCUUCAAGGCAGGUGGGUUUGGAGAUAUCUUGACCGAUCAGAAAGUUGACAAGAAGCAGCUAGUCGAUGACGUGAGGAAGGCUCUUUACGCAUCCAAAAUCUGCAGCUACGCACAAGGCAUGAACCUUAUCCGUGCCAAGAGCAUUGAAAAAGGGUGGGGCUUGAAGCUAGGUGAGUUAGCUAGAAUCUGGAAAGGAGGCUGCAUCAUCAGAGCAAUCUUCCUAGACAGGAUCAAGCAAGCUUAUGACAGGAACGCAGAGCUAGCUAACCUCUUGGUCGACCCUGAGUUUGCGAAAGAGAUUAUCGAGAGACAGUCCGCUUGGAGAAGAGUCGUCUGCUUAGCUAUCAACUCGGGUAUCAGCACACCGGGUAUGUCUGCGAGUCUAGCCUACUUUGAUUCUUACAGGAGAGAGAGAUUGCCGGCAAAUCUAGUCCAAGCACAGAGAGACUACUUUGGUGCUCAUACAUAUGAAAGGACUGAUGUGGAAGGAUCUUUCCACACCGAGUGGUUCAAGAUUGCAAGACAAUCCAAGAUCUGAGAUCUCUCCUCCUCUUUGUAUUCUUCUCCUUCAAUAAUAAUUUCACACAGAAUGUUUGUUUCCUCAAUGUGUGAAAUACCUUCGCUUAUUUAUUAUGAUUGUAGAACUGAAUUUUCUCAUCUUUCUGUUUCUUUUUCUUUAAAAGAUUAAAACUGAAAUCUCUGG